CAUGGAGAGAAACUCAAGUCUGUGGACAAACCUGAUAGAUGAGCACCCAGUCUGUAUCACCUGGAAGCAGGAGGCUGAAGGAGCCAUUUAUCAUCUUGCCAGUAUUUUAUUUGUCGUAGGUUUCAUGGGCGGCAGUGGAUUCUUCGGGCUCCUUUAUGUCUUCAGUUUGCUGGGCUUGGGUUUUCUCUGCUCUGCCGUCUGGGCUUGGGUCGAUGUCUGCGCGGCCGACAUAUAUUCCUGGAAUUUCGUCCUGUUCGUCAUCUGUUUCAUGCAGUUUGUUCACAUUGCGUAUCAAGUGCGCAGCAUAACUUUUUCCCGAGAAUUCCAGCUGUUGUACAGCUCCCUUUUCCAGCCUCUGGGGACCCCGUUGCCCGUCUUCAGAACAAUUGCUCUGAGCUCUGAAGUGGUGACUUUGGAAAAGGAACACUGUUAUGCCAUGCAGGGGAAAACCUCCAUUGAUAAACUCUCCCUGCUUGUUUCGGGAAGGAUCAGAGUGACCGUUGAUGGCGAAUUUCUGCAUUACAUUUUCCCCUUCCAGUUCUUGGAUUCUCCUGAAUGGGACUCACUGAGACCCACAGAGGAAGGCAUCUUUCAGGUAACCCUCACAGCAGAAACUGAUUGUCGAUAUGUGUCUUGGAGGAGAAAGAAAUUGUAUUUGCUCUUUGCUCAGCAUCGUUACAUCUCCCGCCUGUUUUCAGUUUUAAUUGGCAGUGACAUUGCAGAUAAACUCUAUGCCUUGAAUGACAGGGUAUAUACAGGAAAAACAUACCACUACGAUAUUCGGUUACCCAACUUCUAUCAAAUGUCAAGUCCAAAAAUACGCAAAUCACCCCUGACAGAACAUUUCCGGAAUUCCAGACGGGGUUGUGAUAAGUGAUAUCAGAGUCGGAAGUUUGAUAAUCAUAGAAAAGGCCCUCUUCGUCAUUCCCCAAAUGAAAUACAGACAAUCGCACUCACUAUUAAUUUUAUAAAUCAAACUCAGAGGCAAGAUGCCACCACCAGCUGUUUGACUCAUCUCAACUUCUGCAUUGUGAAUAAAGUUUACAAAUUUCUCUGUA